UUUGUGUUGUGCAUACAUGUGCAUUUUCACUUAAUAUGCAUUGGUGAUAUUUAUAAUUACAAUAUAAAACGAAAUAACUAAGUAAAAAUAAGUGAUAACUCCCCAACUACGCAAUCAAGUAUUUUUCUGUUUCGCUUUUUCAAUUGUGCGAACUGCUAUCUCUGAAUAGUAUUCUGUGCUGUUACAGGACUGUUAUGUUCUGCCCAUUGAUUUAGCGUCAAUUCGGAACGGAAUUACGAUACUUUGAAAUUCAGAACCAAAACCAAAAAACCAGCGAUCACAGAAUAUAGAAACAUAUGGUUCAGACAGAGAACACUUAUAUGGUUAUGGUUAUAUGGAUGAUGCAAGAAAUGUAUUGGAUGAUAUUAUAAAACAAUAAGAGUUCAAAAAUAAUGGAAAAAGUUAAUAGCGCCAAAAUGGAAGGCGGUCAAGACGGUUUAACGAAAAAAGAAAGUAGAACUUUGAAAGUCCAGAAUAAACAGUCACAAGAUAUUAAAUCCAUCAAUAAAAAAGAAUUGCUUUCAAAUUCAGUUAAGGAAUGCUCAGUAAUGAAAAUAAAAAAUAACCUCAAGCAGAACAAACCAAUAUCUUCAAAAGAAGAGGAUAAUAAAGACCAAUCUUCCCUUACACAACAACUUUCAGAAAAGGAACUCAGGAAACUAGAGUGGGAAAAAAGACUUGCAGAAGAAAAAUUAAAAGGCGGUGUGAAAGUAAAUAAAGAAACGCUGAGCAAAGCCGAGUUGAAAGCCAAGCGAAGAGAACAACAAGAAGCACAGCGCCUCUUAAAAGCUGCAUCAAAAACUGAUGAAACUAAAACUGUAAAGCAAAUUACUGCCGAAAAUUCACAAGAGUCUGUUGUAAAGAAACCCAAAAAAGUAAUCAGGAAGUCCCCAAGUGAAAAAGUAACGCAUAGUCAUAGAAUUCAGCUUGUUCAACAUUUAUAUGAUGAAAAUAGCUCCAAACACAACAACAUACUGCCCAGCGGAAUUCAUCCAGCUUUUAUUAUGUUAGGUGUGCAAUAUUCCAAGAAAAAAAUUCUUGGGUCAAAUGCUAGAUGUUUAGCUAUGUUAGCUACUAUGAAGCAUCUCGUUAAUGAUUUAGAAGUUCCUGCCAAACUAGAGUUUUGUAGAUAUCUAGAAACUGUUUUGCAAUCGUGUACAAACUAUCUACAAAGUUGCAGAAGUCUUGCAGUAUCUAUGACAAAUGCUCUCAGGCAUUUUAAACUGACCUUGACUCAAAUUGAUACAAAUUUGAGGGACAAUGAUAAACGAGCGAUAUUACUCAAUGUAAUUGAUACAUAUAUAAAUGAUGAUAUUGAAAAAGCAGGAGACGCUAUCAGUAUGAGAGUUGGUGAAAAAAUUAUAAAUGGAGAUGUGAUUUUGACAUAUGGAUGUUCCUCACUGGUCAGAAAAAUCUUACUAGAAGCCCACAAAAAUGGAAAAAAAUUCGAAGUCAUAGUGGUAGACGGAAGGCCUCUUCUUGAAGGAAGAGAAAUGCUCCGGAGAUUGGUCAUUUCAGGCAUUAAAUGUACCUAUGUCCUCAUCAAUUCCAUCAGCUACAUAAUGAACAAAGUCACAAAAGUUAUUCUUGGAGCUCACGCCCUACUAACCAAUGGAUAUGUAAUGUCACGAAUGGGAACUGCGCAAGUUGCUAUGGUUGCGAGGGCUUAUAAUAAGUCAGUUCUAGUUUGCUGUGAAACGUACAAGUUCAGUGAAAGGGUUCAGACAGAUUCUAUUGUGAUCAAUGAAUUGGGUGAUCACGAAUCGUUGAGCCUCCCUUUGGAGGAAACUGGAGACAGCAAAGUUGAUCACAGGACGAAAUUACCAGCUCUCAAUCUCAUUUACGAUGUUACUCCUCCGGAUUUGGUGACUGCUGUAGUCACGGAGUUGGCAAUUCUGCCAUGUACUAGUGUACCAGUAGUAUUGCGAAUUAACUUACCGAAAUAAAAAUAUCCUUACCUUUUU